AUGAGGCGGAAUGAGAAUCCGUUCGAGUCAAAGCACGCGGAGAGAGAAACGUCAAAUUCAUUUCCGACGAUUAGCGAGCGCCGGCGACUCGCGUUGGGGGUGGCGGGGGUGCGCGGGGGUCGCGCGGGGGAGGGAGGGAAAGGGGUAUAUAUUUUUGACAUUCAAAAAGUUAGUGCAUACGAGUGCAGUGGUAAAGAGAGUAAAGCAGACGGCACUGUGUCUCUCUCGCCAAGGAAAGCCAUGGCGAGUAGCGCGAGGCGCGGCGCCGCGUACACUAUAGACAGCAUUCUCGGACAUCGGCAACACGCGACCGACGUAGUAGAGCGGUGUGUAGAGUUGAAAAGCGAGGGUGCUCAGUCGGACUCCGAGCACGAGGCGGAGCACGAGCACGAGGCGUGCACCGAGCCUGAGCGCGCGGAACACGAGCCGCUAGAGGCGCUUGACGCCGGCAGACCACGCAAGCAGGUGCGCCGCAGCCGGACCACCUUCACCACGUACCAGCUGCACGAGCUCGAGCGCGCCUUCGACAAGACGCAGUACCCCGACGUGUUCACGCGCGAGGAGCUCGCCAUGCGGCUCGACCUCAGCGAGGCGAGGGUGCAGGUGUGGUUCCAGAACAGACGUGCAAAAUGGCGCAAACGAGAGAAAGCCCUGGGCCGAGAGCACGCGCCCUUCCUGCAUCACGAGCACGGUGUAGGUGAGUGGAGCGCAGGCAUGGGUGUGGGAGUGGGCAUGGGAGGCGUGGGAGUGGGUGUGGGUGCGGGCGAGUGGUGGCUCGGGCUCGGCGCGCCGUUGUGGCACGACGCUCCUCCCGCCGCGGCCUUCAGAGCAUUGCUGCAUAGUGACAGCCCAGGAUUGGGAAGUUGGCGAUGUUCGAUCUCCGCAGUAUGUUCAUGCUCUCUCGCUCCCCCGCCCGGCAGGUACGUGCUGGCGCUGCCGCCGCCCGCGCCGCCGUCGCCGGCCGCGCGCUCGCCCUCGCCGCCGCGCUCGCCGCGCGCGCCGCCCGCGCCGCCCGCGCCCGCGCUGCCCGCCGAGCUGCGGCUGCUGCACGACCGCUACAGUCGCGUACACACG